AUGAUUGUACGAUCCAGUGCUAUUCUGUCGAUCGUCGGUGCAUUCUUGCUGGCAAAUGGCGCUCCCUACGGUGGAGGUCACGAUGAUGGCGAAUUUCGUGACAAAAAGUACGACGAACAGCUGAAACAGGUGUCGAAAGUGGGAAACACUUACGUGGCCGCACUGGAAAUAUACGACAACCCACCAGACCAGGACAACGCCCGCAAGGAGGUGGACAAUUUCCCGUCCAACGUUUACAGCAAGUACGACAGUCUGCAGCACAAAGUGAAAAGCUUUUUUGAUGCUGAACCGCUCAUCGAUAACAUCCGAGAAUCGGACAAGUACGGCAACACGGGCGAUCAGUUCUAUUUCAUCACGAAACCACUGGUGGAAACGACCGCCAAGGUGAACAUGUUCAUCAACUCGGUGAUAGCGGCACCGAAGAAGCUGCUGGGUGGAUUGAAGAAACAGGCCAACGACAAGCUGAACGACGUUGGUGCCGGGUUGGUUGGAUUGAGGCGAUAA